CCGUCUUGUAUUUGUUUCACCCGGUGGUUUAUGUUCGAGGCACUGCGCGGGGCGUCCUUUGCCAUUGAUGUUUAUUUGCCUUCGCUUUUCUUUUGCGUUUUCACGCUACGAUUGAAUCAUUAUUUAUUUAUAUUUCAUUGAAAUUGUAAGCGAUUAAAACAAUUCAAAAUGACGUCCAGGGGGACGCCGAGUCGCUUCCUUAAAAGCGUCCUCCAAAACGGUGUAGGUCGUUAUGUGUGCCAGCUUAAGCGGAUCUCCAUCAUGUUCUCCAAAAAGGGCCAGACCUCGCUGGGCGUCAGGGACUUUAUCGAAGACGGCGUGGUGGACUAUGCUAAAAAGAACUCUGGAACCGUCGUGUACGUGUCCCCAGAAUCGUGCAACAAACCCAGAAUAGUGGCCGAAUACUUAAACGGCAACGUGAGGGAAGAGACCGUGGCGGGGAAGACAUCUUCGCAGGUCUUUGAGGUUUUAACCAAGCUAACCAGUCAGUCAGGCCUGGAUGUGAUCCGCAUUCGCAAGCCCUUCCACACGGACAACCCCAGCAUCCAGGGCCUCUGGCACCCCUUCACCAAUCGCCCUCUCACCCCCCGGAAUGACGACAAAGUGUGACUUUUUCAAACCGCUUCUAUUAAAUGAAGUUUUUGUGUAGAGUA